CACACACACACACACACAGCACCUAAAAAAAAUCAAUAAUAGAAAAAUCAGCUGAAAUAAACUAUUUUAAGAUCCAGUCAUACGUAUUACGCACAUAGCUGAAAUAUAACGCUACAAAUUGAUUAUUGACUAAGUAGUAUUAAGCAGAAGGAAAAAAUUAAUGUAAAAUACGAAGAAAACUUAUGAUGAGAGAUAUAUAUGCCAAAGUGAUAAAAGGAGGAAGAGAAGGAGGAGCCUUGGAAAGAUGCGAGCUGGGUUGCGCUGUUGAUAGAAAGGAAACAUUUCACAGAGUUUAUCGUAUUUUCUUUGUGUUUUGGUUCAGUCUGCGCUACCUAGAAUGACUGAUGAACGUGUUACACUCAGCUGGCCUCGGUUGUAGCAGAUGGUGGCAGCCUGGCUAUACCUCAUGAGAACUGUUUCAUUAGGGGAAAGGAGUAGUGAGUGGCCGUGAUUGUGCUGUGUUGCUCCCUCCUGCUGCCAUGGACCCACGUGUGACAGUCAACUUUGUGUGCCAGCGAUGCCUCAACCCUAUUCAACUGGAACCGGCCUUCUCACACCUCAAUGAACACACCUUGGCUGAGCUGGCAUUGCCCAUUUACUGUGGUGAGGAGGUGGAGUUUGACCCAUCAGAGAUAGAUAAGCUGGUGCCUCCCCUGCAACUGACAGACUCUGGUCCACACCACCAUGGCUUCACACUGGUUGGGGAGUCUGGGGACACAGAGAAGACUCAGCCCCUUAAGGUAGCAACAGGCCUGUUUGAUCUGGUUAGCUCCAACAGUGACCUUGACCAUCCCCUGUGUGAGGAGUGUACUGAUGCCCUGCUUGACCUGAUGGACACUACACUGUCCCGUACCCAGACACAGGCCCAGCUUUGCCACCAGCUUUUUGCCUCCCUCAACGACAUGCCUGAAACAGAUGUCUCUGCCCUGGAGAACGAGCUGGAAAAUCUGGAGAUGGAGGAGAAGCGGCUGGUGGAGGAACUGGCCGAGGUAGAGAAAGAACAAAAGGCAGCGGAGAAGGUGCUGAAGAGGCAUGAGGAAGAAAAGAAACGUCUGGAGGAGGAAGAGGAAAGGUACUGGAGAGAGUAUUGCACCCACAAGUCUCAGCUUACUGCUAUGGAAGAUGAGAAUCGGAGCCUGAAGAACCAGAUGAAGUACACACAGGGUCAGCUGGAACGACUGAAGAAAACUAACAUCUUCAAUACAACCUUCCACAUCUGGCACUCAGGACACUUUGGCACCAUCAACAACCUGCGGCUUGGUCGGCUGCCCACCGUCACCGUCACUUGGCAGGAGAUCAAUGCUGCGUGGGGCCAGACUGUGCUGCUCUUGGCCUCCCUUGCCCGGAAGAUUGGACUCAAGUUCUCCAAGUACAGAUUGGUACCCUUUGGUAAUCAUUCUUACAUUGAGGUGGUGGGAGAGAACAAGGAAUUACCUUUGUAUGGAUCGGGUGGAUUCAAGUUCUUGUGGGAUACCAAAUUUGAUGCUGGGAUGUCUGCCUUCCUGGAGUGUCAGGCAGAGUUUCAGCAACAUGUAGAGGCUCAGGGACCACAGAAAGGCUGCUUCUGUUUUCCUUAUCGCAUUAACAAGAACUUUAUUGAGGACAACUCUAAUAACUCUUUCUCUAUCAAAAUGCAGUUCAACAGUGAGGAGCAGUGGACUAAGGCACUCAAGUUCCUGCUGACAAACUUGAAAUGGGGAGUCACUUGGGCCUCCACCUUGUUCUCAGGCACCCCUGGGGACACAAGCUAGGGGUGAAACUAGUCACCUUUCCUCACCACCCUGUGCUGGGACACUGUCCAUGGCAAACACACAAACCUGAUCUUUUCUAACAUAAAAAGACAAGUAUACACAAGUUUCUGCACUGGCAGACAGUACUUGAAGCUGGUUUUAGUACUGAUGUAUGCAUCUGUAUCUUAGUAUGGAUAGUGCAUGGAAAACAGUCCCUCCUGAAGACUGCAGCUUCACCAUAGACUGCAGUGACUCAUAAGAACACAAUGAUGACAGCAAUAUAUUCUACAUUUAUGCAGUUACAUUAUUUAUGGAGUGUCAAAGCAAUUUUUCCUUUAUAAAAUGUGUGUGUGUGUGUCUGUGUGUGUGUGUGUGUUAGGAUCCACUACAGAACAAAUUUUAUGCUAAAAUAAGUUGACAGUGAUUGGAUUUCAUGAAUAAAUAAUUUUUCAGCUGCCCUGUAUACCUGCAUAUCACAUGAAACAUCACAAGUGUCCCUGUUGGUGUGAGUGUUCCCAACAAUAUAGAUUCUCCUCAGAUGCACAGAAAUUUAUUGUGCUGCUGUCAGAUGAAAAAAGAGGGUUUUAUUUGCUUUGAGGAGGAUGCCAUUAUUUUCAUACUAUUGAACAACUGUUUAAGUAAACCAAAGUGAAUGUGCUGUCUACUAAAACUUGUGCUUGAUAUACUGUGAUUUAUAUAACAUAUUUGUGAUUAUGAAAUAGAUUAAUCUAUAAAGUUUUG